AUGAGAGUGGCCAAAAGACGACUGGCAGAAAUGAGAGCGGUACUGGUGUGUGCCCUCCUCUCCCUCUUGCCUUCAUUACAUGCCUGUCCAAAGGAGUGUAGCUGUAACAGCAACACUAAAGUAGUGGACUGCCGGGGUCGAGGCCUAUAUGACAUCCCUCGACGACUGCAUCCAGACACCCAAGAACUGCAUCUUCAAGAUAACCGCAUCAGGGGUCUGGGAUCCAUGGCUUUCCGAGAAAUACCGCUAGUUCGUGUUCUUGAUCUGUCUAAUAACUCUAUAACAUCAGUUUCACCGACUGCUCUGUUGGGUCUUCGAAGUCUACAGCGCCUCAGCCUGGCCCACAACAGCCUUAGAGAGCUCGACAAGCGGUUGCUCGGACCUAUUCGCUCGCUUUCACACCUCGACCUCUCGCAUAACAGCCUGUGGGGUUUGUCUGCAUCCAUGGGGGACAGUUUAAGGAACCUUAGCCACCUAGGGCUGGCGCACAACAGGCUAACACGAAUAGACCGCUCCCUGUUGGAGGCCCUGACUCGCCUGGACAGCCUCACACUACGAGGCAACCCCUGGAGGUGUGACUGCCAGUUAAUAGGCCUCAAACUCUGGAUGGAGACAUACCUCUUUAAAGGAGGAGUGGUGGAUGAGGUGCUCUGCUCGCAGCCUGAAGAUAUGAGAGACAGAGACCUGCAGAAAGUCCCCUAUCAGCUCUUCCAUGCCUGCAUGACCACAAGCUACCACUACCUGUUCGCUAACAUCCACCACCUGGAGUCUGAGAGGCUGCUGAGAGGCCACACCCAUGGCAACCAUGCUCACCCCUCCAGCCACGCUCUCCACGUCCCCAUAGCAAUGGGGGAGGGUUUCACCGGUGGAGUAGGAGGAGGAGGAGGAGGCGGAGGAGUAGGAAUAGGAGGUGGAGGGGGUUUGCCAGAGUGUGAACCUAAACAGAGGCCUCGGCCUGUCAACCUGCGCCACGCCAUCGCCACAGUGAUUAUCACGGGCGUGGUGUGUGGGAUUGUGUGUCUGAUGAUGCUGGCUGCAGCAGUGUACGGCUGUGCCUACGCAGCGAUCAUGGCCAAAUACCAGCGGGAGCUGAAGAAGAACGAGGAGUUGGCAGCAGCAGCACGGGGGGCGGGUCAUAACAAAGCUGAUGAGAAGGAACCACUGGAGAAUGCUAUCGCUUAGGAGACGAUAACAAGGACCCUUGACUUACAACCUGGGCCUCAACCCUUUAACCUUUUCCUCUGUGGAUGCCAUGUGUGUGUUUGUGAGUCAGAGAGAGUGAGAUUCUUUACAUGAGUGAGUGUGUGUGCGUGUUCACCUCCUGUCUGAGACUCUGGUAGCUAACUUCCACAGGUAUUUGACUAUGCAUUGAUAUGAAGAGUAUCCUCUGCUGUAUGCGGGUUCAAGGGACAGGCCAAAGAAUCCAAAAGGAAUCAAUUCCGUUUUGUCUGAGAAAUGCAUAUCACAGAUAUGAACAAAUUGCUAUAUAUUUAUAACUGUGUCUUUGUAGGUCUAAUAGUGAAGCUCUAUUUAGAAAAUUAUAUUUCCACGUUUGGUUGUCUUUUGAGGUCAUUUUGAAAACUCAUAGUUGGCAGCUGCUGUCAGUUAAGUUCUGUCUAACUUUCUGUAUCAUUGUUGGAGAGAAUGAGAGCAGUCUUGAGUGUUUGUGUCCGUGAUUCAUUUUGUGUGUUGGGAAAUGUUUACUGUAAGCACAUAUUUAUAGAGAUUUUAAGAGUUCGUGCCUAAUAAUGUGAUAUAGUUUUGAAGAGGAAAUAUGUUUUUCUUAAAGGAUAUUUUUGUGAUGGCUGAAGAGAAGACGGGAUAUUCGCUGAAGCAAUAAUGAAACAAACUAAAAAAGAAAACAACAGCAAAAGCCUGGACUCUGCCUUGUUGUUUUUUUCUAUGACUUUACAGGUAAGCAAGUCUGAAUUACCAUCCUGCUGCACACAACCACACAGUCACUUUUAGAUCUACAGUUUUUGAGAGUCUUGUUUGUGAUUUAAU